AUGUGGGAAACACUUCUCGUGAACGUGGUCGCAGCCCUGCGCAGGGACGUCUCGCUUCGUGCGAUCAAAGAUCGCGUUGAGCUGCUGGUCGGCUACUUCAGACAGGACGACCGAGAGAACCUGCGGAAGUCCGGCACCGAGGAACAGUACGAUGAGCUGCAGCGGCUGCUGCAAGAAGUGUCUGACUUGGCGCGGGAAUUCAGUUAUAUAAUGAAAAUAAAACCAAGGAGACGAAAAGGGGUCGCGGAGGUGCGACGGCAGCAGGGACCGUCAGCUGCUGCCAAGGCAACUACCAGUGCGCAGCGUAUGAGAGACGCCGCUGCCGAGACCCUCGCAUCGCAGUCCAGCCAUGUCGUGGACAGAGAGUUGAACGAAAUCGAGUCACCAGCUGCAGAGCUGCUCUGCAGCAUGUAUACUGCCGAGUCACAAUCCCCAGUAUACGAAUGCCCUAUGCCGAAUUCCCCUGCACCUCCGGAUGCCAGGCCAAUGGAGGAUGCCUCGGAUGACGGCAAUAUCGGAACACCUGAGCAGCAACCUCAACGCAAGCGACAGUGCGUUCCAGGAACUGCACGAGGAAUCCGAGCAUUACAAGAACUUGGAUUGGAGCUCCUGGCCAGACGGGAGGAGCACGAGUUUUCUGUCCGCAAAGAAGAACUGGCCCUGGCACAGCGUAGGCUGGAGUAUGACGAACGGAAGCUCGCUUUUGAAGAAGAAAAGCACAGAUGUGGCCAAAAAAAUGUCUAUCGCUUUGGAUACCCAUAUUCUUCUCAUUGUGUACGGUAUGAAGUGCAGUGCCGAGCUGAAGAAAGAGAGCAGCUUUUGGAACGGCUGGAAAACCUCGAGAGACGUGUCGAUAAAGAAAAUCGCCCGAACCUGUGA